UGACAUCUAUCCAGCAGAACUGGUUUCACUUAAAUGGACCCCUCCCUGUUCUAUCUGACAAAGUACUGCAUUAUUAAAGAAUCAUCUGCCACAUCGUGUGACACCGACAACCGAGGAUGUUCAGCAGCUGUUCGGAUGGUCAUCCCUCUGGAUUCACCCUGGACCUCGACCAGGGGGAUCAGGGGUCUCAUGGAGGUCAUGACAGAGGUCAUAAGCCAGAUGGUGGGCAUGGAGGGGAUCACCAUGGAAGAGAGGAUCCCAGUGGAAGAUGUGACGACCGCCGCAAGGACCGUGAACAUGGUGGGAGUCCACACCGCCACAGCGGAGACUCUGACCAUGGUGGGAGUCCACACCGCCACAGCGGAGACCGUGGCCACUCUGGAAGCCCUGGUCGCUGCAGCCCUGGUCGCCACAGAGACUCUGGAAGCCCUGGUCACCACAGCCCUGGUCGCCACAGAGACUCCGGAAGCCCUGGUCGCCGCAGAGAUUCCGGAAGCCCUGGUCGCCGCAGAAACUCUGGAAGCCCUGGUCGCCGCAGAAACUCCGGAAGCCCUGGUCGCCGCAGAGACUCCGGAAGCCCUGGUCGUCACAGCCCUGGUCGCCGCAGAGGCUCUGGAAGCCCUGGCGGCCGCAGACACCACAGCCGUGAUGGCAGCCCUGGAUGUGACUACAGUGACGGUAGCGGCGGUAGCGGCGGUAGUGGUGGUAGUGGCGGUAGUGGUGGCAGCGGCAGCGAUGGCGGCAGAAGAAAACAUGGAAAACACAAGCACAGGCGUGGCCAUGGUAAAGGCCAUGGACAUGGACAUGGGCGUGGGCAUGGGCGUGGGGGUGGCCAUGGCCGUUUUUAGAGAAGAAAAUACAGGCCCAGACACACUGACCAGCAGACAUGAUGUGAAGCUCUACCUUCCAGCGCUUUUACCAUCUACAGGAAAAAACACCAUACACUGCAUACAGAGUGUGAUAUGUAGUAUUUUAGGGCACAAGUAUCUCAAUGUGGCAUGGAGUAGUUUAUCAGCCUACUGCAGUAUGUGAUCAUAAUGUUGUUAUAAUGGUGCUGGGUUAACGGAAUGUGUGCUUAAAAUAAAUAAAAUAUUCUGAAGACAAUAACUCUCAAUGUCCUCUGUUAGACUCUCAGAAAUAUAGUGGAUUAGUUGAAAACAGGCAAAAUUCAUAACAAUAUAAAUGUAUAUCAUUUCAAAUAUAGGCUAAAGGAUUUAGAGUUUAACGUUUUUAUUACAAUAAUUUUUUUUCUGCAAUUCUUUUUUUAAUUUAACCCAUGAAGAUUCAG